CUGCCUGAUAACAUAUCAUUGAAGUACAGUCGUUUCUUGAACCAAAAAUCCCCCAAAGAGAGGGAGAAAGAAAGGCGAAAAUGGUGUUUCAGAGUCUUAGGCUUCCUUUCACAAACCACUCUUCUUAUCGAACGGCUUAUCGUUCUACUCUUUUCUUCUUCCCUAACCAUCAUUCCUCAUCUUCUUCAGUGAGAUGGUUCAGAGGUAAUCAGCAUUGUUCCAUCAGAAGUUUCUCUGCAAAGUCAGCCAAGUUCUAUCCAUCAAAGAAGAAAAAGAGACUGGAUGAGGUAUGCUUGGAGAGGUUUCAGCAAUAUAGCCGAACCUUCAUACAGUCAUGGAUAAUACAAGGGAAAGUGUGUGUGAAUGGUAAAGUGGUGAAUAAAGCUGGGACACCUGUCUCAAAUGAAGCUGUUGUGGAGAUAAUUGCAGAAAUUCCUAAAUAUGUAUGUAGAGCAGGAUACAAGUUGGAGGCUGCUAUUGAGCAACUAGAAGUCGAUGUUACUGGGAAAGUUGCUCUCGACUCUGGAUUGUCAACUGGAGGGUUUACUGAUUGCCUGCUCCAGUAUGGUGCGGUGUAUGUAUAUGGAGUUGAUGUAGGCUAUGGGCAGGUGGCAGAUAAAAUUCGUCGAGAUGAGCGAGUCUCUGUUAUUGAGCGGACAAAUUUAAGAUAUCUUCCUGGACUUCCGCAACAAGUUGAUUUGGUGACUUUAGACCUUUCAUUUAUUUCUAUACUCGUGGUGAUGCCUGCGGUGAUUAAGGUGAUGAAGGAGCAGUCCACGCUGAUCACCCUUGUGAAACCUCAAUUUGAAGCAAGGAGAUCCCAGGUGGGAAGUGGCGGUAUUGUUAGAGAUCCAGAUGUCCAUAAAGAGGUUUUAGAGAGGAUCAUAAAUGGGGUGCAAAGUUUUGGGUUCGAAAGCAAAGGGUGGAUUGAGUCUCCUUUGAAGGGGGCUGAGGGUAAUAUAGAGUUCUUGGUUCGCUUUGAUCGAACAGCUGAGGCAACCACGUAGACGUGUUUUAUCAUUUAUAAAGGCAAUGCACCAUGUAUUAUCUGACAUUCUCCUGGGCACUUCAUGAAAGGAAACGGCACCAUUGGAGGAGAAGAUUUUUGCUGAUGAGUAACAAGGAGUAGAGAAAUGAAUGUCUUGCUCAAAACGUCAGCGAUGUUGUUUUAGAAUGUACCAGAAAUUGUGAUGAUUUAUGCAUAUGCUUGGAUUUAGGAAAGAAUGAAGAGAAGUACGAGUUUGAAGAUAAUUCCUGAUUAAGCUCUGUCAAUAGCUACGCAAAAUAACUGUGAUUCCUGGUUAAUAUUCUGAUCACAAAUGGGUAACCAGACCAUGUUGCAUUUUCCCUUCUGUUCGGAAACAUUAAGUCAUAUCUGUUUUAUGUUUGGGGGUCUUUAUGCUGUAAUUAAUCUCUUUAAUAAUUUUAUCUUAAGUACUUUGAUCGGAGAAUCUUUUGAGUUUCCUUCAUCUCAAUUCAAUAAGCCAUAUGUAAAUGGAUGUUAGCUUGAAAUAUAAUGAAAAUCCAU